CAAUCUCUCCCCUCCCAACUCCGAAGUGUCCCGCACUCCUCUGCCUCCUCGCCCGCGCGUCGCGUCGUCUUCCUCUUCUGCAACAACCGCCGCCGCCGCUACUGAUCCGGAGCUCCUGCCGCUACUCACCGAUGCACUCACCGACUCACGGGUGACGCGACGAGGGAGAGAGAGAGAGAGAGAGUAUGGCCUGUAGCCGCCUCGCCUCCCGCUCCCGCUCCGGGUCCGUCCUCUGGCACGUCACCGUCGCCCCGCGGCCCUCACCGCCGCCGCCGCCUUCAGUUUUCCCUCCGCGGGUGGGAGUACCCACCGCCCCCUCGCAGCCUCUCCGCCGUCUCCUCCUCCCCCUCUCCCCGCUCCGCUCCGCCUCCUCCUCGUCGGCCACGAACCUCCUCGACGGCCUAAAUUGGCGGUCCGUGGGGGGUGGGAGGAGGUGGUUCGCAAGCGAGGCGUCCGCGGCGCUGCAGUCGCCUGAGCUGGUGGAGGUGCCCCUUGCGCAGACCGGAGAAGGCAUCGCCGAGUGCGAGCUGCUGCGCUGGUUCGUCAGUGAGGGCGACCAAGUAGAUGAAUUUCAGAGGCUCUGUGAAGUACAGAGUGACAAGGCAACUAUUGAAAUUACAAGUCGUUUCAAAGGAAGAGUACAUCAGAUUCACUUUGGUCCGGGUGACAUAGUGAAGGUUGGUGAAACUUUAUUGAAGAUGAUGGUUGGCGACAGCCAAACUGUAUCUAAUGCUAGUGUAGGUUCAUCUACUGUUCAUUCACAUGCAGUGGAUGAUGCGAAUCCUGGUGAAGGCAAUGUUCCUGGUGGCACUCUCUCCACACCAGCUGUUAGGCAUCUCGCAAAGCAGUAUGGGCUCAAAAUAAAUGAUAUUCAAGGAACAGGAAAGGAUGGUAGAGUUUUGAAAGAAGAUGUUUUGAGUUAUGCUGCCAGCAAGGGUCUUUGCAAAGAACCGGCAUCAGCUUUGGAAGUGAAUAUUGAUCAAGUGGAGUUACUGGAGGGAAGGGGAUCAUUACCUGGUGCUCACUGUUCUGAAGAUAAAAGAAUUUCUCUCAGGGGCUACCAGAGGGCAAUGGUCAAAACAAUGAGCCUGGCUGCAAAAGUACCACAUUUUCAUUAUCUGGAGGAAAUAAACUGUGAUGCUCUUGUGGAACUUAAGGCGUCUUUUCAAAAUGCAAAUAAAGAUCAAAAUAUCAAGCACACCUUCCUACCAUUCCUCAUAAAGUCUCUUUCCAUGGCAAUAAGUAAAUACCCUUUAUUGAACAGCUGUUUUGUUGAGGAAGCCAAUGAAGUUAUUUUUAAAGGAUCCCACAACAUUGGGGUAGCUAUGGCUACAGCACAUGGAUUAGUGGUGCCAAACAUCAAGAAUGUUCAGUCGCUUUCAAUAUUGGAGAUCACAAAAGAAUUGUCACGUUUACAUGAAAUGGCAUCACACAACAGGCUGAGCACGGAAGAUAUUGCUGGUGGAACCAUAACACUAAGCAACAUAGGUGCCAUUGGUGGCAAGUUUGGUUCUCCGCUUCUCAACUUGCCUGAAGUUGCCAUUAUUGCCCUUGGGCGCAUUCAGAAGCUUCCUCGCUUUGAUGAUGACGAAAAUGUUUAUCCGUCCUCCAUAAUCAAUGUGACUGUUGGAGCCGAUCACCGAGUUGUUGACGGGGCCACCGUUGCAAGGUUCUGUAACGAGUGGAAAAGCCUUGUGGAGAAACCAGAGCUGCUAUUGCUGCACAUGCGAUGAUCCAAGUUGAUACCUGGUGCAGAAGAGUGCCAAAACCAUUGGUAAAAAUGCGCGAGACCAAUCUGGCAUUGAGACUUCAUACGGUAAGCCCAUGAAAUCUUCUCGCUGGACAAAAAGUCUGUCAAGUACUGAAGUACAUAUAGGUCUAUCAAUGUAAUGGAUUGAACUUCUCGUCUGCAGUGUAAUCGUACCCUGUGUAUAUACAACUCUACCAUUGGAAUAAAGCAGGAAAUUGUUCCUGAGA